UCCUCCUCAGCCCACCAAGCACAAUCGCCAGCUCGCUCUGACUUCGGUCGUCCAUUCUUUCAAACAAACCAACCAGCAAACAAAGCUUUACGCUUUCUCACACUCUUUCUUCAACCAACAAAACUACUUCGUUCUUCUAGAACCACCAAAAAAACAAGACAUUCAAGAUGCGUUUCACCGUCGCCGCUGCUGUCCUGGCCACCUCGGUCCUCGCCCAGGAGCCCGUCUCCACCGACUACACCACCGAGUUGGUCACCAUCACUGCCUGCCCUGAGACCGUUACCAACUGCCCGGCUCACAGCACUGUCCUGUCCACCGAGACCGUUGCUGUUUCCACCACCAUCUGCCCGGUCACCGCCACUGCCACCCCUACUGUUGUCCCUACCUCCCAGGUCUGGUCCAACAGCACCGGUGUUGUCUACCCUACCGGCCCCGCUGGUGGUGAGAGCUCUGCUCCCGUCUCCGUCCCCGUCUACAGCAUUCCUGCCGUCUCUUCUCCCGUCUACAGCGCCCCCGCUGGAUCUUCUCCCGCUGUCACCAGCGGCUAUGCUGCUCCUACCGGCGGUGCCCCCGGCGCCCCCAUCAGCUCUGCUGCUCCUGUCUGCCCCAGCAGCUCCGUCAUUGCUGUGACCAAGAGCUACACCACCGUCCUCACCUCUGUUGAGUACCAGACCGUCGCCGUCCCCUGCCCUACCGCCCCUGCUGGCGGUAACGGUGCUCCCUCCGGCACCGGUGCUGUUCCUCCUCAGCCCACCGGCCCUGCUGGCAACGGAACCACUGGUGUUCCCCCUCCCGUCAACGGCGCUGCCUCUUUCGCUGGCUCUGCCGUCUUCGCCGCCGUUGCCGGUGUCGCUGCCCUGAUCCUCGCUUAAACGUUUCCUUUAAGUCAUUUUUGAAUUAAAGGCCUGCGGGACAUGGCAAACACACACGACAGGCGCCCCUGAGAUCUGGUUGGACAUGUACAGAAGUUGAACUAGAACUUUUCUUCAAUAAUACUAGAGUUUUACGGCAAUCGGGAUUAUACCCCUUGGAGUGUGUAUACUUAAUAUUCUAAUUGUACGGGCGUUCGCGGGGACGAUUCCCGUCAGACAACCAACUGCGGGCCCUGUCCUGGAUGUCUUUUUUGAACGAAGCAUUUUUUGGUCACGAACUGAGAU